UGUUUUAAUAGGAAUACAUGCAUGCCUGCAUCUUGCCAGUGCAUUUCUGUAAUGAAACCAGCUCUUUCUCGCCCGUUUUAAUCGCUCUCCGGUUCACGCCCAGCGCAGCCUCCUCGCCGCUUCCCCUUGGAGGGGGCAAACGGCGUGAUUCUCGGCAAGACGUCUGCCAGUGGUCGUAUUUUCACCGCACUCGCACAAACCCGCAGCGGCGAUCCCGGCCACGCCAAGUGCCGUUUCCAGAGAUCGCCCCGACUUAGGGGAGGAGUCUACCGGCACAGGCACACCCCUCCGCGGCGAAGAGAAAGCUUAGCGACGGACAUCGCGCUGCUGGCGCAACAUGACCGCGGACCAUCGGCGCGCACUGGACACUUAACGCACGGAGAAUUGCGCGUUAUCGCCGGCUGCGGCUGCGUGUGUCCCCCUGGCCGGGAGGGUGGCUCACUCCGUUCUGUCUCCCCGUUUCUUGCCGUUGCGUGGCGUCCUUCCCGUCGCGCUGGAUCUUUCGUGUAAGAAGAUGUGCGUGGAGAGCGACGGCUGUGAGCUAGAGGGCUGCGGCAGCUCGGACGAGGUGCGCACCCUGUCCGGCAGCAUGAGCCCGACGCUCCGCUCCAGCCCCGAUCUGCAGUCUUGUAAACCGGGGCAGAAAUUCCGGGCAGCGCUGCUCAAGUGCAAGUCUCCGGUAGCGGCAGCCGGGAUACUCAGCUUCGGAAAUGUGCUUAAUUACAUGGACAGAUACACAGUGGCAGGUGUUCUCCUCGACAUCCAGAAGCAUUUCACUGUCACCGACAGCGAGGCCGGUUUGCUCCAGACAGUAUUCAUCUGCAGCUUCAUGGUGGCAGCACCCAUCUUUGGCUACCUUGGUGAUCGUUUCAACCGGAAGAUCAUCCUCAGCUGUGGGAUCUUCUUUUGGUCUGUGGUGACACUCUCUAGUUCCUUCAUCACCAAAGAGUACUACUGGCUGUUCAUCCUGUCGAGAGGCCUGGUCGGCAUCGGGGAGUCCAGCUACUCCUCCAUCUCUCCGACCAUCAUCGGGGAUCUCUUCACCAACAACACACGCACCAUGAUGCUCUCUGUCUUCUACUUGGCAAUCCCUCUGGGCAGUGGACUAGGCUACAUCUUGGGUUCCAGUGCAAAGGAGGCAGCCGGGGACUGGCAUUGGGCACUGAGGGUAUCUCCCGUCUUGGGCAUCACCGCCGGCACACUCAUUCUUUUCUUUGUACCUGAGCCCAAACGAGGGAGCGGUGAUCACGCGGUAGGGCGUCUCAAGACGCCCUGGACGUGCGACAUGAAGGCUCUCGCCAAGAACCGCAGCUACGUGUUCUCGUCUCUGGCCUCUGCCGCCGUGUCCUUUGCCACCGGGGCCUUUGGGGUCUGGAUCCCGCAGUACCUCUUCAGGGCACAGGUGGUGCAGAAGAGCGUGGUGCCCUGCACCCAGGAGCCGUGCAGCAGCAAGGACAGCCUGAUCUUCGGCGCCAUCACCUGUGUGACAGGGCUCCUGGGGGUCCUGAUUGGGGCGGCCACCACCCGGCUGUGCCGGCAGAAGACGGAGCGUGCUGACCCACUGGUGUGUGCCGUCAGCAUGCUGGGCUCAGCUAUCUUCAUCUGCCUCAUCUUCGUUGUGGCUAAGAAGAGCAUCGUGGGAGCUUACAUCUGCAUUUUUAUCGGUGAGACCCUGCUCUUUCUGAAUUGGGCCAUAACGGCGGACAUUUUGAUGUACGUUGUCAUCCCAACGCGGAGGGCCACAGCCGUAGCGUUCCAGGGCUUCACCUCGCACAUCCUGGGAGAUGCCGGAAGCCCGUACCUGAUUGGUCUGAUCUCGGACGGCCUACAGAAGAGCUACCCUGGGUCAGACCUCUGGAAGUUCCUGAGCUUGGGUUAUGCCCUCAUGCUCUGCCCCUUCGUCAUCGUCCUCGGGGGCAUGUUCUUCCUCGCUACAGCCCUCUUCUUCCUGGACGACAGAGAGAAAGCGGAGAGACAGCUGAGCCAGGCCACCACGUCGCCCUCCUCCAUCAAGGUAUGAUCAGGUCUCACCGUGAAAGGAGCAAAGGGAAAGGAGCGCGACAGCCGGCCGAGGAUGGAGCACCCCCCCCCACCUCCUCACAGGGUCACUGCUGACCUCAUUUGUAAAAAACCUGCCUUUUUCCGACACUCCAUAACUGGAAGGACGGCACCCCCGUCCAAAGAGGUCUCCAUGUUACCGGAGACCCGCAGCCCUCCCACUGAAUCAGAAUCCCCCCCCCCCCCCCCCCCGCCCGAAGGUGCCAUGCUACUGAAGAAUGAGGUCAUCAUCUGCGUUGCCCGCCAGCACCAACCAAGUGCCAUAUCAUUGCAUCCCCCCGCUAGACCUGCACACACACGCCCAGCUGCCUGGAUGUUGCUUGAAAGGAGCGGAAUGGAAUACCCUGCCGCUCCUGUAGGGGGCACCGGUGGACUGUUGGGCGCGACCUCACCCCGCUGCCAUCACGACAUCCUGCCCGCGUUUUCAGCACUUACACGUAUGCAGGGCUCGAUUUACGUUAACACUAUGUGACUCUGUGCUAUUUUCCUAUUUGCUGUUUUAUAUAUAUAUAUAUAUAUAUAUAUAUAUAUAUAUAUAUGAAACUGGAAGUGUAGAUUGUUACCUGUGAAUGUUUCUGAGGGCAGGUACAGGCCAUCUCAGAUCUGUAUGAAAGAACACUGGAACAUAUGAAGUGACUGUUUUAAGCGUCAACCGUUUCUUUCUACCGCGUAUGAAGCUCCUUCCUCAACACUAAAGCCGGUAAUGUGACCACGCAGUGGAGAGGCGCGGCCCGGUCACAUGUGGACCCCAAAUUCUGCCAUAAUGUCUCAUCCCAUCAUCUAAUUUUGGCACAGUCCGGACCAUCAUGGGAACCACAUGGGCCAAUUUCUGCAGCAGCCAGUUGCUUCGCUGGAAUUGUGCUAAGCUGGGUUUAUACCCCCGGCUGGGUUGAUUAAUUUGCAAAGUUAAUUAGUUUGUUGAAUCUGACUCUUGGGAACUGUUUCCUGAAAUAAUAGGUGUCUCCUCCUGAAAUCUGACUGGGUGCUUCUGGGUUUUUCCUCAUCAGCGCAGUUUAACUUUGUCCUAGAUCAAAUCCCAAAGAAGUAAAUGGAGCAUUAAGACAACAUUCCUGUAAUGGCAUCAAUCUGAUGUGGAGAAAUCGAAGGGAGGAAAGAUCUGGAUGGGGUCAGAUUCACGGAGAGCAAGGCUGUGAUGCCAAGAUCUGCGGAGCGUAAUGACCCUUGCCGUUUGAUGUCCCAUCAGCCCUUGCUAGCGCCCCAUGAAGGCAGCUUUCCCCCAGGUUUUCAGGAAUCCUGGAGAAACGGCGUCGUGGCUGAACGCAGCCUGAGUGUAAAGCAUGUGAAGCAGGUAUCACAGAGAGCCGCACAACAAACCUUCCUUUGUCCCAGCAAUGUGUUUACAUGGCCGAAUCAUGUUUGUAAGCUUUUCUUGUGAUUCUUUAUCAGAUUUUUUUUACAGAUAUGAGUUUUAUAUAUAAACAAGAUAGAGAUGUAUAGGUAUAUAAUGCAGCAAUUUUAAUAUAUUGUAAAGGAUAGCUUGGAUGCAAUGUAUUUAUACGUUUGUUACCACAAUGAAGAAUUACCCACAACAGGAAGUUUAAAGCAUUUGUUGUAUUUUUACUUAUUACUUGGAUUUAAGAAACAACUUCUGGUAAAGUUCAUUUAGUGUGCUGAUUAACCAAUAUCAUGGCAUGUUAUUACAUCAUGGAGAGACUUACCUUGGCUGUGCACAUGCCUCUCUCCAUAGAUCAUUCGGUUGUCUAGGUGGGGGAAGAAUCUACGAUUUGAUUGGCUCUUAGAGUAAAUCGGAUGCUGAUUGGAUGGUGGGCUGGCACGGCCACAGUAAGCUGUAAUGUGAUAAGCUAUGAGCCAGGUUCAAUGCCAAAAUCAGAAUGUCACCCUUUGCUGUUUUUCUUUUCUUAAAUAAUUACAAUCAAAUUGCACCUGAAUUUCAUGGGAAUAUUGUGAUUUUAAUGAGAUUUUCAUUCUUGUCAUACAAGAAUCAUGUAAAAAGUGCCACACUAUUUCUGAUAUCAAGCAGAAAAUAGAGGCUGUUUUAUUUUUUAGAGCAAGUGUGAUUAAAAAAAUAUAUUAUCUUGGAAUAACUGUGAUGCUCCCACAAAGAGGGAUAUAAAAAUGUAUACCUACAUGUAAAUGAUAAAAAAUAAACUUAUUUAAUCGCACCAAA